CUUAAUAGUUCGCUUGAUCCCCAUGCCCAUGCCCGGGACAAAAAGGGCCUGACCCAGGAAAAACCCAACCUCCGUCAAAUUGCGAGGGAGGAAACUAGCUCAACUUUUUCCAUGGAUCCCCGAUAUCCAAGGCCCCUCAAAAUCCACCUAGUUUCAUCCACCGAUUCUCCCGAGUUCACAGAUUUAACUCGGUUUCUGACGCGUUCCAGAAUCAUUGCGCUCGAUGCCGAGUGGAAGCCCAUCCGCACCCUCCAGUCGUCUUUCCCAACAGUCUCUCUCCUCCAACUCGCCUGUCAACUCAGCAGUGACUCGGGCGAGUCAGAUGACUCAGUCGUUUUCCUGCUCGAUUUGUCCUCCAUUCCUCUACCUUCAAUCUGGGAAUUACUUAGAGACGCAUUUGUUUCCCCCGACAUUCUGAAACUGGGUUUUAGAUUUAAGCAGGAUUUAAUAUACUUGUCUUCCACUUUCAGCUCACAAGGAUGUGAACAAGGGUUUGACAAGGUGGAACCCUUUAUGGAUAUUACGAGCAUAUACCAUCAUCUGCAGCACAGUCAACCUGGAAGGAAGACGUCAAAGAAUAUCAAGAGUUUAGCAACUAUCUGCAAAGAAAUCCUAGGCAUUUCUCUUUCAAAGGAACUUCAAUGUAGUGAUUGGUCAUGUCGUCCUCUUACAGAAGAGCAGAAAACGUAUGCAGCUAUUGAUGCACAGUGUUUACUUGAAAUAUUUAAUGUCUUUCAAGCCAAGGCCAUCAAGGAAGGGAGCUUGAUUCACAGUCCCACUGAAUCAACCGUGAAUCUUGGGUUGAAAGAGGUUCUUGAGAAGCUUGAUGUAUGUAAUAAAAUUGUAAGGAUGAAAUUCCGUGAAGCUUUGGAUAUAGUCCGAGCUACCACUUCUUAUAUUUAUCCUAAUAUAGCUACAGAAGAGGGAAUGGCUUUGAGGACGCGACCUAGGAAUACGUUGCCUAUGGAUGAGUUACUCGUGAGGGUUGUAAACAAAUAUGGGGAGGAAAUUUUGUUGAAAGAAUCUGAUAAAAGGGCCAGAACUAGCAAAAGAAAAUCAAAAAGGCGGUCAUCAGUGGGUUUGAUUUGCAAAGAAAAGCAAGGACAGAGUUUUGAAGAUUGGCAAGGUCCACCUCCAUGGGAUUUGACCUUGGGCGGUGAUGGACACCCAAAGUUUCUCUGUGACGUGAUGGUUGAAGGCUUAGCUAAACAUUUAAGAUGCGUUGGGAUCAAUGCUGCAAUCCCAUAUUCAAAAAAGCCUGGACCCAGGGCGUUAAUAGAACAAGCAAACAAAGAGAAGAGAGUGCUGUUGACACGGGAUGCCAAGCUCCUGCGACAUGAUUAUCUAAUAAAAAAUCAAAUCUAUAGGGUAAAGAAUCUUCUCAAGAAUGAACAGCUACUCGAGAUCAUUGAAACUUUCCAGCUUAAAAUUUGUGAGGAUCAGCUGAUGUCAAGAUGCACCAAAUGUAAUGGUAGAUUUAUUCAAAAGCCCUUGACGACUGAAGAGGCUGUUGAAGCUGCGAAAGGUUUUCAAAGAAUUCCUAACUGCUUGUUUGAUAAGAAUCUAGAGUUUUGGCAAUGUAUGGACUGCAACCAACUUUACUGGGAGGGAACUCAAUACCACAAUGCAGUCCAGAAGUUCAUUGAUGUUUGCAAGUUGAAUGAGUAAAUUAAAGUUCAUUGAUGUUUGCAAGUUGAAUGAGUAAAUUGAAGUUGAUAAUCAUUGUGCACUAGUCUGUCAGUGGCCCAUAUGUUGCCACUCACCCAUACUUUUUCAUAUCUUCCCCUUGUACUUUUUUAUAAUUUUUGGGGGUGAUAUAUUCAUGUUGAACUGUUUUGAAGUAAUAUAUGUUGUCAUCCAUAUAAAUGCCUAAAAAAACAU